UAUAAAUAUAGAUAUUCAGUUAGUUAUUAGUUAAUAAAUCUACAAAAAUGACAAGCAGCGCCAUUUUAACGUUAUAAGUAUUCGAUAGUUUAAAUUUUGACAGUUUCUAAUUAAAUUACAAAGAAUACACUAUUAAUUUCGACAAUUUUCACUUAAAUACAUAGAUUUAUGCGUACAAUUAUAGAAAUUGUAAUCUCUUUCAUCGUAUUUAAAAUAUAUAUUUAUUUUACAUCAUAUAUUAUAUUUUGAUAUAAUAAAAAAAUAUUCUUGUUAUAAAUUGAAAAAUAUGUCGGCAGGCGAAGUUAAGAAAGAAGAACCUCAAUUUAUAUUUCAUACGUAUGCUUUAUGCAAGUUUACAGAUAUGCCGAGUGAAAUGAAACAAGAAGCUAUGGAAACAUGUUCUACUGCUGCGGAAAAAUAUGCUGAUGACUAUGAGCAAGCGGCACGUAUGAUUAAAGAAAGUUUGGACAGAAGAUUUGGCGCGCCUUUUCAAGUAGUUAUUGGAGAAUCUUACGCUUGUGCUAUAACCCAUCAAGAAAAUAGUUUAUUAUAUAUGUUCACGGGUGGGAAUAUUGCUAUUCUUAUUUGGAGAACAGUUAACCAAUACAAAUAAAAUGAUUUUCUGUUAAAGCUGUACAUCACCUUUAAUUUUAUAAUUGUUUACGCCAAUAACGAGAGAUGUAUUUAAUAAAAGUAAUAGAGACGGUUUUAAUAAAGAAGAUUUUAUUUUAAAAAUAGAGGUUUUCGAACUUUUAAGAAAACUUUAUUCUCUUUGAAAAAAAUCGUAUCAGAAAUGAUGUUUUUUCGUGAAUAGUUUAUACAUAAAAAUAAAGCUUUUUAAAAAAAUUCGAAAAAAACAUAUCCUUUUUUUCAAGCAGUUUUCAACAUUUAUCGUAAUAAAAAAGUUUAAUGAUAAAAUAGCGGCACCCUUUGAAUUUCGCGGCAAAAGAAAAGAAGUUCUUAUCUCCAUUAAUGAUUUUCAUAUAAGUGCUAGAGGGGUAUGCGGUUACUUUUCGUGAAGUAGACGAUUGCUUCCUUAUCUGACUGCAUAAAUCGAUACUCAGAUUUUCUAAUCCUGUCUUUGAAAUAAAUUUUAUAAUUAUUUAAAAUAUAUAAUGUAAACAGAUGUAUAAUGUACACAAAGUACAUUAAGCUAAUAUUUAAACAAUAUUAUAUAUUCGUAUAUAGCUAGAAAUACCCUUUAGAUAUAAAAUAAUUUCAAUUUAAUAUUUAAAUACAGUUAAAUUUUGAUCUCCGAAUCGUAGACUAUAUUUAAUAUUAGCUAUAACAAAUAAGCGAAACAGUACUCCUUAUUGCCUUUAUAGUUCUUAUUUUGUCUAUACCUAUCGAUGAAGUCGUAUAUGCUACGAGUGAAAGCUGGUGAACAUAAUUUUAUAUUUUAGAGUUUUUAACACUUUUUAUUACAAAUAAAUAUAUUUGUAUCAUAUAUAAUGUAGAAACAUUAUAGAUAUUUCUUAAUAAUUAUAUACACAGAAAACCAAUUACU